UCCACUUGUCCUUCCUCUGUACACCAACGUUACACACCAACAGGCAAACCCCGCAUCCGCCAGUAUCCCGUCAUUAUCACAAAGAAGGCGCGUUGCCCUGGUGGAGCCCUGUCGAUGCAAAUACCACUGCAACUCUCCGUAGUUUAACAAACUCACACAUAACCAAGAUGGCGGAGUCCGACUCGUGGGACGCUGAGAGCUUCGAGCCAACUGAAGCGGGAAAGAAGCCAGUGGCGCUGCUGGACAAGUGGGAAGGCGAGGACGAGGAUGAAGACGUUAAGGACAACUGGGACGAUGAAGAGGAAGAGGGAAAGCAGAAGGCGCAGGAGAAUAAGCCAGAAGCGAAAGUUUCAAAAAAGGAAAAAUUAAGUGAAAAGAUCAAAGAAAAGGAAAAACUACAUAAACAACAGGAGGAGCUGAGGAAAAGGUUAAAGGAGAGCGAGGAGUCCAGAGAGCUGACCCCAGAGGAGCAGGCAGCCGAGAGGCUGAAGGCCCUGAAGCUCCAGGAGGAGGCUGACCUAGAGCUGGCCAGGGAGGCUUUCGGUGUGACUAGCGAAGCCCCACAAAACAGCGAUUCUGGAAUCGACGCCAUCAACCCCUCGUCCAGAGAAGACUUUCUCACGUUUGAGAAAAUGCUGAAGGAAAAGAUAACACAAUACGAGAAAUCUGUCCAUUAUUCUACCUUCUUGGAGUCCCUGUUUCGUGAACUUUGUAUUUCAUUGGAAAUGGAGGACAUGAAGAAAGUCAGUAAUUCUCUGACCGUUCUACUUAAUGAAAAACAGAAACAAGAGAAGCAACUCGCCAAGGGGAAAAAGAAAAAGAAAACCAAUCUGAAUCUGGCUGGCGGAGGCGUGAAGGCAAAGAGUAGAAACGACUUUGACGACUACGGCGAGGCAGGCGGUGGGGGCUACGAUGACUACGAGGAGUUCAUGUAACCACAUCUUCGCCUCCCAUCGCUCGCGUCCGAUCCCCCCCCCCCCUCCCCCAAAAAAGGAAAACAAACAAACAAACACUCAACCAGCGUGUCCCUCGUGCAAGUUCGUGCCACCUGGCAAAGCUGGCUGAACAAACAUGUCAACCCUGUACUCCGCUCUCGCCGUGAGGGCCACAUCAAAGGGAGCUGCUUACACCACUUUUUGUCUUUUGGUCAACAGAAAGAGAAUGAGAAAAUAUACAUAUAUUAUUAUAUAUUGAAUUGCCUUGUACUUUUCCUUUUCUUUUUUUUCUCUUUUUUUUUUUUCUUUCCUCAUUAUUUUGUGAAUCGGCCAGCCUUCUAAAAACAAGAGCUUUAUGAAGUAAGUCCAGCGCUUCAAGUGUCCUCGUACGUGGCUGUGCUUAACCUACACAUUUUAGCCUGAUUUUCUUUUUCCCUCAAAGAAAUAGAAGUACAUUUUCAGAAAUUGAAUCAUGUUUCAUUAUCAACAGAAAACAAUGGCUGACAAAAAGUAUUACUUUUUUCAUAAUUGCAGUGACCUAGAAACUAAUUUGAUGCUCUAUGCAAGUAAUUUCAUUCAAUGUUUAUAUUACUACUUGGAAUAUUUUGCUUACCUGGUGAAUAGGUUUUUUUUCUACUGGGAAGUGUGUAGCAUCUAGAACUUCAAUUGCCAAACACAGAUCUGAUGCGCAUGUCCUCAAUUUCCAAAAAGUUGCUUUUAAGUUACCAGUUUCCAGUGCUUUUUAAACACCCUACGUGUUGUUCAGGGCCUGAAGUGUUGGAUUAAAUCAGAAUUAAUCAUUAGUCAUGAAGGGAUGCAAACGAAAGUGAUAUUCGUGCAUUUCAUGGAAUGCAGCUUUGCCCCGUUUGCAGCCAUCUUCUCGUUCUCUCUCUUUCUCUGGAGUAGUCCUUGCAAGCAGAGUCUAAGAAAAUUCUUUAAAACAAGGAAUUUUAAAAAACAAAACAAAAAAAAAACCUCAAUAAAUGUUAUUUCAGAUUGA